AUGCAAAACGAAUUAUAUUUCAAUAUCAAUGAUCCCUCAACAUAACUAGAUCAACCCCUAGAUCUUUAAUAUCAUAAUUAUUAAGAGGAACAGUUGAGCAAUCAUAAUACUUCCACAUAAAUUUAUUAUUUCCCAUUAACUGAAGAGCCAGGAACCAGGUAUCUAAAGAAACAGCAUCUUAUACACUCUAACUUGAUCAAUUCUGAAGUUCCUCCUAAAUAAUUGCCUCAAGCUUCUAAAGAAUAAGGUAAACAUAAAGAAGAUGAUUGCAGUGAGCGAUGUGAUUCAUCACUAUAUUUUUAAGAAUAUUAACUAAUUCAAAUUUAACACCCCGAUUCUGAAAUUACUCCAAUAGGAUUUAAGAAUCUACCUAAAACUUUUUUGUCUAAGCAAAAGAGGAGAGUAAAUCAAAAAUCUGAAGCCAUAUACAAGCAAAUAAUCUUUACUUAAAUCAUUAUUUAUUGGAUAGUUGAAAUCUAUGUUGCAUAAUUGGGUUCUAAAUAUUUAAAACAAUUUGGCAAGAUGACUUAAAAUUGCUGUGCUUUCAUCCAUUAGAACAUUCAAUUACUUAUUGGAGUAAUAUUUGGUGAUAAUAAAUUAAUCGAACAAGAGAAAAAAAAUAACUUAGCAAUUUUCCAUCCUCUCAGUAAUAAAAUACUUUAAUAUUUAUAUUCUAAAAAAGCAGAUGAAUUCAUUAUGGAAGUAAAGUUGUAAGAAUUUAGACGAUUUAUUUAACACCUCAAAGAAUAACAGUACAUAAAAGACCAUGGCUAUUUAAUAAAGAUAGAAAUAAUAAUAAAAUAAAAAAAAGAUGAAUGA